AUGCAAACAAAUAUUGAAGAUGGAGUAAGUACCUUUAACAUAGAAGAUAUUCCUAUAAUCAUAGUACCUGAAACAACAGAUUGGCCAGAAAUAAUAAUUGAUGAAACAAUUCUUUCUCUCGAAAAAAAUGACCAUAGUAAUUUUAAACCCUCAGAAGAUAGUACCAAUGAAAUAAGAAAUUACCUUACAUGGCCCGAAACACCCCACAGGAAAAACAAGAACCCUAAGAAAGGUACAGAAAAGAUGCCAUAUGUUAUCACUUCAAGUGGAUGGAAAAAAAUAUUUUGUGAAAAGAAGCUCACCAAAGAAAAUAUUGAAUUGGAAAAAGAAAAACGACUUAAACUCAAAAGUAUUAAAGAAGAGAAACAAAAAAGCGCAAAAGCCAACAAACAAAAAAAGAAAAUAAAUAAAAGUAAAUUAAAAAAUAACGAAAAUGACGCAAAUGAUAAAAAUGAAAUGGAACUAGAAAACAAUAAAGAAAACGAUGGAAUUAAAGAAAAUUUGGUACAUUUUAGUUGUGCAAAGAAAAUUAAAAAGUGCUGCGGCCUUACAUUGGCCGAAAAUGAAUCCUCAGUAGAAGAUGCCUUAAAUGGUAUAACAAGUGAUAAUAUGCUGCUUUUAAAAUUGCUCGUAACAGAAUUAAGAAUGAACAACAAAUUAUUGAUGGAAAAAAUGGAAGCCCAAGAAGUUAAACUGGAGGAAAAAGAUACGCAAAUUGAAAAAUUACAAUCUAAAAUAAAUUUUAUGGAAAAUAAGCAGUCAUGCCGCCAAGCUAAAUUCAAAUCUCCCGCGAUGUCAAAAACAUACGCAGCGUGCGCCAGUGUGUUAACCUCACAAGAUAAACUCAACGUAGUAAACAAAAAUUUAAACAAACAAGUAAAAGAUCAAGAUCUAUAUGGUUUCCAAGCUCAGAAAAUGAAUGAAAUUAUAAAUCUAGCUAGUGAUCAAGUACCAAACAGUGAAACAUCUAAUAUUACUUACAAAAAGAAUCAAAACAAAGUAAAACCUAAAAUAGGAACUGCAAAUAAUAAUCUAACAGAUUGUACAUUUGCAGGACGUGAAGAGACAGGCAAAAAAGCGUGGUUAUUUAUAUCAAGAGUAAAAGACAGUACAACAGAAGAGGAUGUCAAAAAGUAUGUAUGCAACAAAACAAAAACUGAAGCAGACGAUGUAGUUGUCAAAACAAUUAGUACUAGUUACAAAAAGAAGGAUACCGAUACCACCGAGUUGAGGGAUGCCCAGGGCAGCCCUCAUCUUCGGACCGUAUGCCGAUUCGGCAUCAAGCACAUCAUGUUGGACCCAACCACGGGUCAGUCAAUUAUACCACCGGGCCCUUCAGAGGAAAUCGUGGACACAAAUCCCAACCAAGGCAUCGCACCGGGAUCGCUAACUGAAAGCGAUACCACAGAACACUUGGACUUGACACAAGGAGAUGGUGAAGACAACUCCAGGAAGCCGCCAUCAACUGCCGAGCAACUUGGAGCAAGUCAAACAUAA